UUCCGGGAUGGGGCGGGCUCAGCGCGGGCGGGGCCGGGAGGGUUGCUCGUGGCGACGACGCGUGCGCCAGGGGCGGGGCCUUCCGGGAUGGGGCGGGCCGAGCAAGGCGGGCGGUGGUAACUGGGCCCGCGGGCGGUGGCUAGACGGACAGACUGACAGGUGGACCGCGGCAGGAGGACGGGCUGCGGCGGCCGGGCGCGCCGUGCCACCGCAAUGACAGAGCAGACCUACUGUGACCGCCUGGUCCAGGACACGCCUUUCCUCACGGGCCCUGGGCGCCUGAGUGAGCAGCAGGUGGACAGGAUCAUCCUCCAGCUGAACCGCUACUACCCCCAGAUCCUCAGCAACAAGGACGCGGAAAAGGUGCCGAGGGGUGGGCCAGAGGCUGCUCUCCUGCCCCCUCCUUUCUGGGCUGGAGAGAGCGGGAGGCAGGACAGCUCGGAGGUGGAAGCUUGUCUCCUGGGGGUGCCCUUGGAUCCAGAACAUCAGCUCUCUGAGCCUCAGUGUCUUCAUAUGUCAUCGGGAGGUGCUGGGGGGAAUCACAGGAGACAACACAUGACAGCACGCCACAAACCUGGGAGGAGGAGCCGGGGGAGGUACCUGGACCCUGCCACAGUCCGCUUUGUAAGUUCUGCACUUCUGUGGUUCAGCUCGUGUUCCAUGUAGAAUGGUGCGCUGCCACCAGGUGGCAGCACAGGGCCACGGCUUCCAGGUCCUGGAGUGUCAAUACCAAGAGCCCUGUCCACCGACCUUUAGAACCACACCUUUCUCAGUUACACACGUCAAAAGAAUCAGAUUUUUUCUCCUUGACCCUGAAUUGUUUUUUAAAUACUUGAGUCAUAUUCCUCUAGACUGUAAACUACAAGAAGUUAUCAUGCCGUCACCUCACUGGUUGUCUGUGAUGAGCCCACUGUGUGGGUUUCUUAUUGCCUUUUUACAAAUCAGGAAACCG